AUGGCUGCGGGUACGCCUCCCAGGAAUCCACCGUUCCGGGCCGAGCACAUUAGUUCCUUGCUACGUCCGGAUGAACUGGUUCAAACGCGCUAUGCGGGCCCAUUUAAAAGGCCUGAGGAUUUGGUCCCAGUGGAGCAGAAGGCCAUCAAUGAUGUCGUCAAGCUCCAGCAGGAUUGCGGCAUUCACAGCAUUACCAAUGGCGAGUACUCGCGGCAUCAGUUCUGGGGAACGUUCAUGGAGACCCUCAAUGGCAUGGAGGAGAUCAACUUGAGAGAAGGCGGCUACGAUCAAUCCAUCUUCCGCAUGUACGCCCCGGAUGUCAAGUCCUUUCUGCAUGCGAAGACCAUUCCAAACCAAGUCACCGUGGCCACUGGAAAACUGUCGCAUACGGGAAAGUCGACCUUCUUGCCUGAGUUGAAGUAUCUUCAGAGCAUUCUGCCAAAAGAGGACCAUUACAAGAUCAAGCUCACUUUGACCAGUCCUUCGUGGUAUCACUUCCGAUAUGGUCCCAAGAAGGCUUACACCAAGGGAACAUACAACAAUGAUGACGAGUACUUUGCCGAUCUUGCGCGAGCUUAUCAAACCGAGCUCAAGAUUCUGUAUGAUGCUGGCUUGAGGAAUGCUCAAGUCGAUGACCCGAAUCUUGCGUACUUUUGCUCGGAAGCCAUGUUGAAGGGCUGGGAGGAGGAUCCGGAGAACUUCCAGACUGCGGACGAGCAGCUUGAUGCUUAUAUCAAGUUCUACAACGCAUGCUUCCAGCGACCGGCAGACUUUCACCUCGGCAUCCAUCUCUGCCGUGGCAACUACCUAGGAUCCAAGCACUUCUCCGAGGGUGCAUACGACGCCAUUGCUCGGAAACUGUUCAACGAUCUCGAUGUGACUACAUACUACUUGGAAUACGACACACCGAGAGCAGGAGGUUUCGAGCCACUCAAGUACUUGCCCAAGAACAAGAAUGUCGUGGUGGGCGUCGUGACCUCCAAAUUCCCGGAGCUGGAAGAGCAAAAGGAAAUGGUCGACCGAGUCUACAAAGCUGCCGACUACAUCGCCGAAGGAUCGGGACAGACUCGGGACCAAGCUCUCAAUCAAUUGAGUGUCUCGCCCCAGUGUGGAUUUGCUAGCCAUGCCGAGGGCAAUUCUUUGGGUUACGAGGAUAUGAGGAAGAAGCUGCAGUUGGUGAGGAGGAUUGCUGACGAGGUCUGGCCUGGUCAGCCAUAG